CUUUGAAGAUACCUUUCAUUAGCAAUCUACUGCUAUAAAUGAACUAAGGCGCAGUGCCAUUAGAUAACGCAAGGAAGUUUGAGCUAAUUUCAGAAAAAUGGCGGGUAUCACGGGCAGAACGCGCUCAAAAGACCGUACGGUCGAAGUGUUUAAACCUGCUUCUGGGUGGGUCGAGGAAUCGAAUUGCCAUUACCUCCUUGUUGAUCUUCCUGAUUUCAAGAAAGAAGACAUCAAGAUUCAGACAGAUAGCAUCGAUCACGUGACGGUCAGCGGAGAAAGACUGCUAGACAACAAGUACAUUUACUUCGAAGAAACCUUCAGAGUUCCGGAGGACUCGGAUAUCCAGAAGACAAGUGGAAGACUUGAAGAUGGAAUUCUCUCCGUGACGGUGCCUAAGCGAGAUACAACUGUGGUGGAGAAGGAAGAGACCGAACACCAUGAACAAGAGUUGAACAAAGAAAGCCACGGUGAAGCCCACGAGCCACCUGAGAGAAAAGUGAGAGGGAGAAAAUCUAGCACAGAAUGUUGCUACUCCAGUGAGGAGAUCAUCAAGAAAUGGGGAGAAGAGAGAAGCAUCUUCAGGAGCGCAAUGAAGAUGCUUAACAGGAACAGGGGGGUUAUCAUUACAGCUGUUUUAGCAUUCUCUCUCGGGGUCUGGGUAUCGGGUAAAUUCAAUUUAGGUGGCCAUGAGGAAGCACUUGAAUGAUUUACUCUCCAGACGUUAUAUGUCUCAGUUGUAGUCACAAUAAGAGCAUCCUCAAGAACAUGAAAUAAUGGCAUUCAUUCAGUUGCCCUGUUCAA